AUGAACGACACCAUCCAGCGUCUGGACCUCCUCGACCCAGGUACGCCCGCAACCCAAUGGGCUCAGAACACACAGUCCCUCAUCUCGAGGGAUCCCUCAUCUCAUGCAGCCAACUUCAGCGAGUCGACAGCCACGGGCACAGGCUCGGGGGUUGACCCUCAGAUUGCGGCGCUUGUGAGCUCAGGAGAAUAUAGGUCUAUCGGGAGGCCUGUGGGUGAGUCGGUGGACGAGGCGGCGGAACGGAUCUCUCGCAGGCAGGGGGAUGAUGUUGUGGGUGAUGCGGCGAGCGGGAAGGCGGCUGUUGAUGUCCCUAGAGGCGGGAUAGACAUGGAGGUGGGGUCGGGUGCUACGAGAGAGGUGGGAGGGGAUUACGCAAUUCGUCAGGUCGCUGGUACUGGAUUGGGAAACGGGACGACCAGUGGACAGGGUAUCUCCUCCGGUAUGUCCGCCAGGACCCAGAAAGCGCUGCAAGAUUCAGGAGCUACCGAGGACGUCCUGGUCAUGCCUAAACGUGCUGGCCAAGGGGCCGGAGUUGACCCUUUGCACGAGGAGAGCAAUGCCUCCGAACGAGGGGGGACGUAUGGGGGGACGACUGCAGCUCUGGGCAAUGACCCGUCUACCACCUCUGCUACCGCUGGCAACCCACUCUCCUGGUCCUCCAACAUGGCCGCUCCCGCACCUGGGGCGAAUCCCACCGUCGCCGAAACCGACGCUCUGCCAUCAACGGCGUCCCUCAUCGGGCCCGAGCCAAAACCUCAGCCUGCUCCGUUGGGGCAUACUGGUGGACUCCCUUCCGCAGGGGUGGACACUCGUACGCCGGCGGGAGGGAUCUCGAGUGAGAUGAGUGGACGGACGAGAGCGGCGCUUGCCCAGCCUGGGGCGAGGACGAGUGAGGUACAGGAUGUCCUGGGAGAGGAACCGAAAGCCGGUGCAGAGGCGAAGGUAGGACUGGGGAAUAAGACGACGAAGGGAAACGGGGUUGGAAGUGUUGGGGUGACUUCGGGAAGGAAGGGCACGGAGCCCAGUGCGAGGACUCUAGCUGCGCUUGGGCAGCACUAGUCAACGACAACCAAAACGAUCUGAAGAAUCAAGCGCACGGGAAUCGAAUAUGCAUACGAACUGACAAUUGAAUCCAAAUUCGAUAGCCUAGUGGUCGUGUUUAUAUGAUAUUGAAUAAU